AUUGUCUCUGCAAAGCUAGGCACUGUUGCCCUGUUCACCUGAGUCUGGCAAGUGUUAGAUGUCUGAGGUCUUCGUGCAUCACUUACGCGUCCUCAAGGCAACCACAUUACUCCUAACAGCCAAGGUCCUUUCGUUCUUCCUAGCAAAGAUUUUCAUUCAUUUCCCUUUCAUCCAGCAUUUUCAUGUAUUUCAUCUGAUUUGUUCCGCAUAAUGGAAGCCCCUCGAACAUUAAUUACGAACACUAUGCUUGACGCUCUCCAAGCACAGCUCCUCCGUCUGCCUCGCGAACUCCGCGACAUCAUAUACCGCUACGCCUUCUUCUCUUCUUCUCCCAUCUAUUUCUCCCGACCAGUACACCCACUGUUUGUAUCAUCUCCCUAUACUCACCCUACUAUCGGCGAAGAAGCCCUCGAAGCAUUCUACAGCUGCAACACCUUCGUCGUGGGAUCUCCCAGGAGCAACGAUCAAUGGGGCAAAUAUCUAUCCUACAACCCUCUCAUCCGGCACCUGGUUAUUCAUGUCGAAGAAGAGCUUAAUGAACCAGCCAUAUCUACUAUUUCUGACGUUCAGGAGUACGAGUCCCGCCGCCUGAGUGGUGCCGACCCUGUACGAAGGAACUGGGAGAAACUUCUCGAAUUUCCGAAACUGGCUACUUUAACCAUCAAUCUGGAGAAAAUCCGCGAUAACAGUUUCUCCUUCCGGACCUUUGCGCCGAUUAUUUACACUCUCCGUGCUCAACAUCCCAAACUCGUGCUCAAGUUCUGCGUGUCGUUCGACACAAUUCUGCAGUCAGCUUGGGACGAUCCUUAUUGGAGUCACCCGAAUUGGGCUGUCAACGGUAUCAACGAAGAGUCGUUUAAUGAAGCUGGACCUAUCGAUGUUACUGAACUCAUCGCGCCACCAAGCGAGGAUGACAAGAAGUAUGUCGAAGAGUUUUUGCCAAAUAGGAGAAUGCCAAUGGGCCGGUCUGUGAAGCGAGGUUUACUGGACUGCAAUGUAUCAGAAAAAAAGGCUCUGGCGAAGCAUUAUGUAGUUAAGGAGCCGGCUUUGUUGAGGGUGCUCAUGGAGGAACAUUAUAAGAUUUAUCAAGAAUAUCAGAAGAAGGUGCGGGAGACAUUGAGAGCAAAUGUUCAGGAAGACUGUUGAAGAUUGUUCAAAUUGUUAACGAAGAGGUGUUGGGAGGUUUACAGGGAGUGUGGAGGGACGAGUAAGGACUGGGAGAGCAAUAUUGGCUUCUCAUGUGUGACGAUCUCUACUUGGCACUGCCAUUCAUUUCUUCCAGGCUCUACCAUGUCCUCUACCUUGUUUCUCAAAAGCUGUCAAUAGGCACAAAUAUCGUAUUCGUU